AGAGACCCCAGUUUUUGCAGCUCCAGCUGACCAAUUACUUACCUUGUAGGGAACGUAAAGUUUCAAUUCACUGAUGGAUCCGAUAGAUGACUCCCUUAGGAAACAAUUAUCUGCUUUGUUGAGAGUUAUACAUGUGACGAGGUGUUGUAAAGAAGACAAAGUUCCAUGCCAAAUUGAAGAGGGUCUCUUCUUGGGUUCCAUAGGAUCUGCACAUAACAAGGAUGAACUUAAAGAGUUAAACAUCACACACAUUUUGACUGUGGCUGGUUCAUUGGCACCUGCUUAUCCAAAUGAAUUUGUGUAUAAGGUUUUGCAUGUUGCGGACAAAGAAUCGACAGACCUGAAACAGCACUUUGAUGAAUGUUUCAAUUUUAUUGAAGAAGCUAAAAGAUCUGGUGGUGUGUUGGUUCAUUGCUUUGUGGGAAAAUCCAGGAGUGUGACUAUUGUUCUUGCUUAUCUGAUGAAGAAGCAUGGUAUGAGUCUAUCUGAAGCUCUUGAACAUGUGAAGAGCAGACGGCCACAGGCAUCUCCCAAUACUGGUUUUAUGUCACAACUGCAGGCCUUUGAAAGGUUCCUUCAUGAAAAUGAAGAAAACAAGACAAAUUGAAGGACUUCAACUAUAUGAGGAAAGACUAUACCUUGAAGCACAUAGUCAGUUUACAGUAGUUACCUUGACGAAACUUUUUGUGUUAGAAUUUCUAUAGUUUAUCAAAUAUGAAAAGAAUGAACAGCCCUGUUCUGGUGAUUAAAAAGUAGAUUGUGAAUAACUAGGAUAUAGUUUAUAGUUUGAUAAACUAGCCAUGUGAAGAUGAUAUUAUACACAAUGAAGCAAGAAGGGUGAAAAUCAGUCUGCAUUUACUAUGAACAACAGUGUAUGGAUCUUGUGGGUAUACUUAAUAUGGAGCAACUGAGGCUUCUGGUAUUCGUUACAUGAAUCUGGUUUCUGUUAGUAGUGCUUGAAGUUGAAGGAAUCUAUAUAUUUUGGGAUGGAUGUCGAUCCUCGGAACAUUUUCA